AUGGUUCUCAAGACUGAGCUUUGCCGCUUCAGUGGGGCCAAGAUUUACCCUGGAAAGGGUAUCAGAUUCAUCCGCUCUGAUUCUCAGGUUUUCCUCUUUGCCAACUCGAAAUGCAAGAGUUAUUUCCACAAUCGCCUUAAGCCUUCCAAGCUUACCUGGACAGCUAUGUACAGGAAACAGCACAAGAAGGACAUUGCUACUGAGGCUGUUAAGAAGAAGCGCCGAACCACUAAGAAGCCCUACUCCAGGUCUAUAGUUGGUGCUACUUUGGAAGUUAUACAGAAGAGGAGAACUGAGAAGCCUGAGGUCCGUGAUGCUGCUCGUGAAGCUGCUCUACGUGAGAUCAAGGAGAGAAUCAAGCAUACUAAGGAUGAAAAGAAGGCAAAAAAGGCAGAGUUGAUGGCUAAGAUACAGAAGACACAAACCAAGGGCGGGCCAAAGGGUGCUGCACCGAAGGGCCCUAAGCUUGGUGGUGGUGGUGGAAAGCGAUGA